GACGAUGACUGGCUAGUAGUUAAUAAUAUGAUUCAAUUACUUGAACCAAUUUUUAUAGCAACUGAAAUAUUAUUAACCUCAACGUAUCCCAUGAUAAGUGACGUAAGACUAACUAUAAUUGGAUUGUUAUGGCAUUUAGAUUCAUUUAUUCAAACUUACGAUGCUAAUUUAGAUGAGUACAUGAUAGCAGAUUCAAUUAAUUAUAAACUUAAAGAAUAUUGGGAACAUAUUAAUGAUUCAACAACAAUUGGUGCUUUGCUAGAUCCACGUUCAAAAACUAAAACUUUUAAGGAUAUUGAUCAAUGUGAUAAAGCUGUUAUACUUUUGCAUAACCAAGUAGAAUUAAAUAAAAAUAAUGCCGAUACACA